UCAAAACAGAGCUAAGACCAAGAGUUGAGGGCGAAGACUAGCUUUUUAACCAAAGACUUUGCGUUAAAAAAAAAAAAAAUCAAAAUUCUCAGAGAUCCGAUUCUACAACAUGAACCUCUGGUGAAACUGUUGCAACAAAAAAAAUGGCUAAUCUGCUUUGCGAUGUUCGUUUACUUCUCGUAGCUGCUGGCGUUGCUUUCAUUUUCUUCCAGAUGCGGCUUUUUUCUACGCAAUCAGAGUACGCCGAUCGGAUGGCUGCUGCACUUGAAUCAGAGAAUCAUUGUACAAGUCAAAUGCGGUUACUAAUUGAUCAAAUAAGCAUGCAACAGGGCCGGAUUGUGGCCCUCGAAGAAGAAAAGAAACGUCGAGACCAAGAAUGUGGACAGCUGAAAGCUCUUGUUAAAGAUCUGGAAAGGAAAGGUCUAGAAAGACUCAUUGACAAAGUUCAGGUGCCAGUGGCGGCAGUUGUGAUUAUGGCAUGUAAUCGUGCUGAUUAUUUGGAAAGGACUAUUAACUCUAUAUUAAAAUACCAAAGCUCUGUUGCUACGAAGUAUCCACUUUUUGUAUCUCAGGAUGGGUUGGAUCCAAAUGUCAAGAAGAAGGCUUUGGGUUAUGAUCAGCUAACUUAUAUGCAGCACCUGGAUUUUGAACCAGUUCAUACUGAAAGACCCGGGGAAUUGACAGCAUACUAUAAAAUUGCUCGUCAUUACAAAUGGGCAUUGGAUGAAUUAUUCUACAAACAUAAUUUCAGCAGGGUUAUCAUUCUAGAAGAUGAUAUGGAGAUUGCCCCUGAUUUUUUUGAUUAUUUUGAGGCUGCAGCUGCCCUUCUUGACAAGGAUAAGUCUAUUCUGGCUGUUUCCUCAUGGAAUGACAAUGGACAAAAGCAGUUUGUUCAUGAUCCUUAUGUACUUUAUCGCUCGGAUUUCUUUCCUGGUCUUGGAUGGAUGUUGGUUAGAUCUACAUGGGAUGAACUAUCACCAAAGUGGCCUAAAGCUUACUGGGAUGAUUGGUUAAGGUUGAAAGAGAAUCACAAAGGUCGACAGUUUAUCCGUCCUGAAAUUUGCCGAACAUAUAAUUUUGGUGAGCAUGGUUCUAGUAUGGGGCAGUUCUUCCAACAAUAUCUUGAGCCUAUUAAGAUGAAUGAUGUUCUGGUUGAUUGGAAGUCAAUGGAUUUGAGUUACCUUAUGGAGGACAAGUAUCUGAAGUACUUUGCCAAACUUGUGAAAAAAGCUAAGCAUAUCAAUGGAGCUGAUGCUGUUUUCAAGGCAUAUAACAUAGAAGGCGAUGUGCGUAUUCCAUACAAAGACCAGUCAGAUUUUGAGCGCAUUGCACAUCAGUUUGGAAUAUUUCACGAAUGGAAGGAUGGUGUACCAAGGACAGCAUAUAAAGGAGUAGUGGUUUUCCGAUUCCAAACUCCACGGCGUGUAUUUCUUAUUGGUCCUGAUUCUCUGAGGCAGCUCAGAAUUAACGAUCCUUGAUGUAUAAACAAGGUCAGCGUGCAGGGUACCAAGGUUGAGAUGGAGAAUGUUUUUCCAAACAUGACUUGUUUUACGGUAAAAUGAAUCAAUACUUUAUCACUGCUCAAAAUUUUUUCAUCGAUGUAACAGAUACCAUAAUGUUCUGCUCCUCCAGACUGUACUUGCUGAUAUACUACCGUAAAAGACGAAUAUGCCCGAUGAGGCAGUGAUUUUGUAGGUUCUACAGGAAUUCCAUGUGAAUGUAGCUGAAACAAUAUUUAUUUACGAUAAUAUGUAUUGCAUGGAUUCAGCACUAGAAAAAUUUGUAGGGUUGGAAUUCAAUCAGUCGGUUGUUGACUUUUUGUGCUGACAUGUUUUUUGAAAACUCAUUUUGAAACCA